AUGUUUCUUCUAAGAUUUCGUGUUAAGAAAAAAAAAGCGCUAACAAUUAUUCUGGUAAUAAAUUUGCUGCUGUUAUUAAAGGUCUGCUGGUUUUACCCUUGGCCGUUGGCAACCGCAUGCCGGGAAAAGGUCUGGAUUUAUGAUUCCUCAGCCGUCCUAAGAAGAUACUCCAGUGGAUAUGAUUUUCUUACCGGCGCAAUGCGUUACCGGUACCAAAGGGGUAGGGGCGGGUCCUUGAAUCCCACACCCUGGCAGGAUAACGUCCCAGAUCUGCAUAUUGGAACCCUUGGACUUCUUAAACGGCUGUUUUGGCACUUGGUCCGUGGGGUCAAAAAAAAUAAAAUAAAAUAA